CCUCUCCACUUCUCCGCUUAGUGACGUCUCUCUCUCUCUCUCUCUCGCCUUCCACUUUUCUGCAUGCCAAACAGAGAUCUAGGGUUGGGGUUUUCACGUUUUCUGGGAUCUGACGGCCUCUUACCUUCUCUGGGAAACCGAGGGAUCUUUAAGAAGGUUUGCUCUCGCUUUCUUCCGAUCGAUAUCGCCCUAUCGGGCAUCAGUUUGAUCAAGAAAAAAAUUGUGAUGGCUUCAUUCACAUCUGACAAGAAGGCAGUCAAGGUGAACCCCUAUGUGGACUGGGUCAACAUAAAAUUGGAUUUUGAUUGGGAAGAUGUGACUUGCUCGAUCUGUUUGGAUUUUCCUCACAAUGGGGUACUACUCCUAUGCUCUUCAUAUGACAAGGGGUGUCGGCCGUUCAUAUGUGAUACUGAUCAAAACCACUCAAAUUGUUUGGAGAGGUUUAAAAGUGCACACGGAGUGCCUGCUGUUGCAAAAGAAAUAUCAGCUUCAAAUGGUGUUUCUAUGGUAUGCAUUCAGGACAUCUCUUCGAGCCCCAGCAGCCAACCAACCUGCCCACUGUGUAGGGGAGAUGUAACAGGGUGGCUCAUUAUCGACGAGGCCCGUGUCUACUUGAACACGAAGAAACGAUGUUGUGAAGAGAAACAUUGUGAAUAUGUUGGAAACUUUUCUGAGCUUCAGAAACAUGCUCAAUUGAAACACCCACAUUCACGCCCUUCUGAAAUUGAUCCUGCACAUCAACUAAACUGGGAAAAUUUCCAGCAGUCGUCUGAGAUCAUAGAUGUUUUGAGCACUAUACACGCAGAAGUACCCCAUGGAGUGGUUUUGGGUGAUUAUGUCAUCGAAUAUGGAGAAGCAGAAGCUGGUGAUGAAUAUGAGGAUUUCCAUAGGAACAGGGGCAAAUGGUGGACGUCUUGUAUAUCUUGUAGGGUGUUUCCGAAAUUUAGGAGAAAUCGACAAAGAUCCAGUGGAGGUGUACGAAGCAGUCAUGGGUCAAGUUCGGAUGGAUCGUAUCGAGGUGAAGGUUCUUCAAGAUCUGUAGAUAUAAGAGAGUAUAGAUUUGCUGAAACUGAUGAUGAACUUGCAUGGACUGGUGUUGGUGCUGCAACAUCACUGAUGAUUCCCAGCCAUUACAGGUGGGAAUAUGGGAGGCACCAGUCCCGUGUCUAUUACCGAUGAUCUCACCGGAAUGUGCAGCAGCUAGCCAGACCGGUUAAGACCGCCCUUAUAUCAUGUUAGAUCUAAAUUCUUUCUGGUUGAUAUAGGCUUUGCUUGUCGACAGGCAUGUAUAUAUAAUAACCAUAGCAAAAACACACAUGGCAAUCCUAGAUAAAAUAGUAAGGGUGCAUCAAUGUGGUUUUACCUUCUUGUUGUAGGCUUAAUUUUGUGGUUUAAUAAUAGAUGAAAAAUACUAGAUUCACUUA